AAGAGAGACAUUUUUCAGCGGCAAAUUUUUCUUCCAUACUGGUUUCCCCCCAUUUUUUCUCCAAACCUCCCCUCUCAACCAUACCCUCCCCCACCGACCAAACCACCGGCGCCACUCCAACCAACCGCCGCCCCUCUGCUAGCUCUCUCUCUUUCUCUCACUCGGACCCAGCAGCUAAAGGAUUCGCCGCCCACGAGCACCGUACCACGGAUCUCCGACGAGGGAGCGCCCACCACCCAUCGGAGCACUGCCCAACGCCGAUCAAAAACGAAGCCGACCACCGUAUUCUCGCUGUACGAUGCUCGUUGGGUGUUCGACAAAAUGUUUAAACCGAAUAUACAUGCUUUGUUUAUUUGGCACUCUAUGGAUAUGAUGCCCCCAUCAAGAAGAAACCCCCUGGGAAAACAUGUAAUUGUUGGCCAAAAUGGUGCUGCCGCUGUUUUGGAUCUAGAAAGAAGAACAAGAAAAAGAAGUCAAAUGAAAAAAAGAUUAAAAACAAGGAGGCUUCAAGUCAGAUGCAUGCACUAGAAAAUAUUGAGGAGGGAAUCGAAGGAAUAGAUAAUGAAAAAUCUUCCCUAUUGCCCCAAACAAAAUUUGAGAAAAAAUUUGGACAGUCACCAGUUUUCAUGGCUUCAACACUUAUGGAAGAUGGUGGAGUUCCAAAAGGAGCAAGUUCUGCAUCACUCUUGAAGGAAGCAGUCCAUGUCAUCAGCUAUGGUUAUGAACAUAAAACAGAAUGGGGGAAAGAGGUUGGGUGGAUAUAUGGCUCAGUUACGGAGGAUAUACUAAUAGGAUUCAAAAUGCACUGUCAUGGCUGGCGAUCAGUGUAUUGCAUACCCAAAAUGCCGGCAUUUAAGGGUUCAGCUCCUAUAAACCUCUCAGACUGGUGGAGGAAUGAACAAUUCUGGGUAAUUGGCGGCGUCUCAUCACACCUGUUUGCUCUCUUCCAGGGUCUGCUUAAGGUGUUGGCAGGGGUUGAUACAAACUUCACUGUUACAUCCAAAGCUGCUGAUGACGGGGGUUUUUCUGAGCUCUUACCUCUUUAAAUGGACAUCUUUGUUGAUCCCCCCCUUGUCCUUGCUGAUCAUAAACAUGAUUCAUGGGGUCCGCUCUUCGGAAGGCUGAAAAUAGGCACAUCUUUUGAAACCUCAUAAAAAGAAAAAGAAAAGGAAAACGUUUAUGAUAUGUUGGUCUUGACUCACUGUAAGGCACGGAACUGAGUAUGAUUUGAUGUAAAUCUUCAGGCUACAUCUAUCCUUAAUGUAAU